AUGAAUCACUUGGGAGGGUGCAAUGUGGCAGGCAGCGGGUGGUUAUUGUGUGAGGGUCCCGCUCGGUGUCAUGUAAGAGGUUUCUUGGCCGACUUUCGUUACGGCAUGACCAAGACUCGAGGCCUACUACCCUGUCAAAAUACUUACCUCAAAGUGGUUAUCAUCCAUCGGUGCCAUUCGACCAAAAGAUGCCUGCCUCUGCGUGAGAUUGAGACGGAUGAGAGUGCAGCAACUGAAGGGGAAAAUAACAAAGUCGAUAGACUAGGAGAGAGUGAGACCAAAAGUCCGGGCAAUGCGACGAUAGUAGCGAAGAAAAUGGUUGGCGGUAAUAUAUGUGGACCAGUACCCGAACCGAACCGCCGAGGUUCACGAAACGAAUCCGAGGCGAUUCCUAUUUUUUCUCCCUCUCACGUCGCCUUUCUCAUCUCCAUACUUUGUACUUUUGUCUGUUCACGUUUGGAUGAAAUCAGAAAUGAUGAUAUAAUCAGAAAAUCAAAAAAUUCCCGGGGGUGGGAGGCGAGGCACAUGGCGUUUGUUGCCCCGAGUCCCGGAUUCAAAUCAAACUUGCGCCUUUCCGACUUUUGUGGUGAGCCGUGUGGGAGAUGA